AUGGACAUUUUUGGCAGCAACAUCCUUUUUGGUUAUGACAUCAAAUGUGCAUUCGAGAAGAUUCUCCUUCACAGCUCGCUUGCAGAUGAUGUGAAGAGACUUAACCUGCAGGACGUUGUGCCCGCUUUUCACAGGCAUGCGCACAAUCAUCUUUGCCAACUCAAGCAUCAUUCAAAGCACAAAGUCGGUGCUGGCAAAGAAGACUUUGAGACAUGUGAACAUGUUUUCUCUGAGUCAAAUGCACUUGCUUGCAAGAUUCGAAAUGCCACUAACUUCCACUGCCACCAAGCCUUGGAUGAACAUUUCUCUCUCGCUGACAUGGACAGGUUAACCAUUGACAUAGCUGACUUCAUCUAUAACAAUUACAUCCAAGCACUGACAUCAAUAUCAACCACGAGCAUUUUUCUCAUGAACUUUGCUGCAUCAAACCCUACCACCGACAUUAAUUUUCAGGCUGAUAUUGGUGAUGAACAUCUUUUUCUACAAUGGCUCGCACACAAGAAGGAUGAAUCUACCAUCGAAGUUGAUUACAUCAAGGCAUUGAAUGACUAUGAUGAGGCACAGCUUGCAUAUGAAUCAGUAUGGGACGUAAACCACCCUGAGUGCAUCAAAGCACAGUUGUGCAUUACUCAUCGUCUUUUCCACAAGGCAGUGGAUGACGUCGAACAUCUUGUCGUCAUGCGACUGCUGGAGUUGACAAAGUUACAAAUGGGUGGUCUAGGUUAUAAACUUUGCACCCAGAUCUCCAAUGCCCUGAAAAGUCAUGCCAAUGCCAUUUUAAAUGCACUUAAUUGCUACAAUAAAUAUGCCGCUCAGCUCAACCCUCCUCGCCCUGCAUUACAAUGGGAACAAAUAGUUGAGUACUCAUUUCUUGCCGAGUUUGACCUACUAUGUGAAACCAAUGGUGAGAUGCAGUCCAAGCGCUGUGCAAACCCAUCUUACUGUCAUGCCUCCACCCAAUUCAUUGAGCAGCACCACACUAAUGAAGAAAUCUGCAGGCUCAAUGUCAAAGUUGGAUGCUUGCCCCCAAAAGUCCAGGAUGACGGCAUUGAUUACCCUCAAGCAAUUCGGAUCAUGGAGUUACCAGGGUAUAAUGGGCCAGUGGGACCCGGCACUCGCAAAGGUCAGACUGAGGUAGCAUCACUGCCUCCUCCACAUCAAUUACCACAAGAUCAGGAUGACAUAGGCGAAGGUGACGCAGAUGAGGAAGCAUUCAGGCAGUUGGAAGAUGUGCAUACUUACUUCAAGGGACUUGAUCACCAUCGCGUAGACUUAGAAUAG